CCGUUCAGCGGUCAUAGCCACUGACUACUCGUGAGCACUUGGCAGGCUUCCGCCCCUCACGCUAAGCACACAAGAGCUCCUGACGGUCCCCAAGCCGCCCUUCCCUUGCUGCUUUUGUUGCUACUGCUCUUCCCAACUAUGGCUGGCCUGCCUUGUGCUCCCUUCGUACACUCCUCACACAGCACGUCUCAUUGUAACUAAGAAACACUUAGGUGUUCUUUCGAUCCUGAGGCAGAUAGACUUGCCAAGCAGAAAGCGGGUCGUCGUGAACAUUCAUCAGUAGUGUGUGUUGGCAUGUGCGUGCGUGUGUUUGUGUGUGUGCAAAGGAGAGGUGCCGGGUGAGUGGUGGCAGUCGAGUGUGUAUCGGCACUUACCAGCCACACCAGAGAAAUGUGAGUGAAGAACGUGCUUAAUAUGUGCAAUGACGCUACCAAAAACCAUGAGGACAUCUCACGACCAAGGCGCCUCGUCAGAUAAUGAUGGUGCACUUGAUGAAAUGGGACCGACUUAAGUCCACGCUACACAAACUGAUACAUGGUCUCUGAAUAAAGCGAAGAAGAAGAAGAAGAAGAAGAAAGCACAUAAAAAUUACAUGAAUAAUCACAUAUCAUGAAGUGUGUUACAAGUGUGUUUAUUGAACUGUUAUUUGUGGUGGCAAACUUAUUCACCAGCCAACAAGACGAUGAGUAUUUUGCUGGAGCUGUGAUGGUUAGACGGUGAGGCAGUGAGUCUCGAUGAUCAGGGGAACAUAACAAUUACUUCCCACAAAGAGACGUUUGUAUUGCGACACACGUCACGAAGGAAGGAAAGCAACAUAUUGAGUGGUCGAGUCUGCACAACAUACACUACGGCCGCGAAACGACAGAGGAGGGCCGGGAAGCUCUGACUAAAGUUGACGGAAGAUGGGGAAACAAAAGCUGGAGCUGAAGCGAAGUGACCACAGCGACAUCAUGGAGGUGGAGGAGCCGCGGGAGGAGGAGGAGGAAGUGGAGGGAAGGUCCUCGGUGAGUCCCGAAGCCCAGGCCAGACGGGACGCCUUCAAGAAAAUGCGUCACUCCAAGCCCUCCGAGAAAUCCAUGGACUUUGAUGACUUAUUGCCUCACGUCGGUGAGUUCGGCCGCUAUCAGAAGUUGCUUAUCUUCCUCAUUUGCCUGCCGGCGUGCAUCCCCUGCGGCUUCCACGCCUUCAAUCAGUUAUUUAUGAGCCCCGUGCCGCCACACUGGUGUCGCGUGCCCGCUCUGGAGGAAGAGGGUCUCACGCCGCUGCAGGCCAGGAACAUAUCCAUUCCCAGGGAAGCUGAUGGAAGCUUCAGCCAGUGUAUGCAGUAUCUGGUCACCAACUACACGCCAGACACUACGCAGCCAGACCCAAGGUGGCCCGUGGUGGCUUGCAUGAAUGGCUGGACGUACGACACCUCAGAGAUCUACUCCUCCAUUGUGAUAGAUUACGACCUGGUGUGUCAGCGGAGGAUCUACCCAACCAUCGGCCUCUCUGUGCUCAAUAUCGGUGGCAUUAUUGGCGUCUAUGUCUUCGGCACCAUCUCAGACAAGUUUGGUCGGCGGAUAUCGUUUCUGGUGUGCCUGGCGCUGGAGCAAGUGUCGGGACUCAUCACCGCCUUCGCCCCGGACUACUGGAGCUGGGUGGCCUGUCGCUUCCUUGUGGGCCUCACUGUGCCGGCCAUCUACCAGAUACCUUUCAUCAUUUCACUGGAGUUGGUGGGGCCGAGUUAUCGCAGUUUCGUGACUGUGAUGACGUGUCUCUUCUACGUGGGCGGGAUGCUGCUGUUAGCGGGUGUAGCGUACCUGGUCAGGAACUGGGUGUACCUGUGCCUGGUUACCUCUCUGCCCUUUUUCACCUACAUCGUGUACUGGUGGUACCUGCCGGAGUCUCCUCGCUGGCUGCUGUCCCAGGGCCGUCUUCAAGAGGCCAGAACCAUUCUCGUCAAGAUGGCGGAGGUCAACAAGACAGAAUUGCCAGAGUCUUUCCUCCAGAAGCUCCAGGAUCGUAUGUUGGCUCAGCAGGCCCUCAGCGUGAGCUCAGCACAGUACCAUACCAGCUCAGGUUUCUUCAGCAUGUGUCACACCCCCAACAUGAGACUGAAGGCAAUCCUUAUCACUAUAGUAUGGUUCGCCAACGAGACGGUGUAUGUGGGCCUGAGUUACUACGGCCCUGCAAUGGGUGAGGAUGAGUACCUCUCCUUCUUCUUGGCGUGCGCCGUAGAGGUGCCUUCCUACCUCAUGUGCUGGGUGGUGAUGGAUCGCUGGGGCCGCCGCUGGAUCCUCGGCAUGGGCAUGAUUGUGGGUGGCAUUUUCUCCAUCUGCACUGUCUUGAUGCCCGAAGGCGCCUCCAUGGCCACACUGGUGCUGUAUCUGGUAGCCAAGUUUGCGGAGUCUGCCGCCUUCCUCAUCAUCUACCCAUUUGCCGCUGAGCAGUACCCAACUGAGGUGCGCGGAGUGGGCAUCGGGUUCUCGGCCUAUGUCGGCGGCUUGGGACUUGUCAUCAUCCCAUUCAUUAAUUACCUGGGCACGGAAAUGUUGGUGCUGCCGCUACUCAUCAUGGGCGUGGUGUCUGCCUUAGGCGGGGUGCUCACAUUCAGACUGCCAGAGACCCUCCAACAGAAAUUACCCAAUACUUUGGCCGAGGGAGAAGCCUUCGGCCAAGAUUUCUCCUGGAAUGACUGUCUCGUCUGUGUCCCAGAGGGCACAAAGGAGCUCAAAGAGGAGGACAUGGUUCCAGAGGAGGAGAUAGUGAGUGUGGAGAGCCUGGGCCGUCGAGGGUCUGUGGCUGGGGGAGUGGAGAGGGGUGUGGCAGACGAGGCCACACCCUUGCGUCGUUUGGGUUCCCUGGGCAGGGGCCAGUCUCUGCUCAGACGCCAGACCAGUGUCAUGGAUACUCCGAUCAUUACAGACGCAUCUGGGGCCAUGAAGCUCACAUUUUGGGUGUAGCUUAUGUCCUGCGUGUAGCUUAUGUCCUGUAUGUUGCUUGUGUCCUGCAUGUUUCUUACGUCCUGGGUGUAGCUUACAUGCUGUGUGUUGCUUACGUUCUGGGCAUAGCUCACAUUCUGGGUGUAGUUUACAAUUUACAUGUAGUUUAUGUCCUCGGUGUAGCUUAUGUUGUGGGUGUAGCUUACAUUGAGUUUAGCUUAUGUCCUGGAUGUAGCUUACUAUGUAGAUUACAUACGUUCAGGGUAUAGAUAGUUUAACAUGGAUUCUUCAUCAUCAUCAAAGGAAAAGGCACCAUGAGAACCUGCCUACUCCUCUCAUUAGCUUCUGAAAACUCCUAAUGCGAGGGUGAGGUGUUUCAAAAUACGGGUCUUCUUGAAAUUGCUUUCAGAUCAUGAAGUUGUUCUCCAGUAUUCGCAAUCCAAAUAUUAUGCUCUCUCUCUCUCUCUCUCUCUCUCUCUCUCUCUCUCUCUCUCUCUCUCUCUCUCUGAUUGCCCAGCCUACCUUUCCUAAUACACUGUAACUCUUGGGCAGCUUCACACUCAAGGAAAGGGAUGAAAGUCAAGAAGCCAAGUUAACUUUCUCCCUUCUAUCCACAUUCUGUAGGGAACAAUUUCCCCUAUGAAUUUCUGAAUUAGUAACAACUUUCUACUAGACAAGGUUUUUUUAGGGAAUGGCUUCUCAUUAUGGGUCACAGCUGCCUUUUACACGGAGUUAAUAAGGAAUAUUUUCUUCUGUAUGACGUGCACUUGCUAUUGUUAUGAAGGACAACACAAAUAUAGCUCUGCUUUAUAGUGAAUUGUAGGCAUACUAGUGCAUCAACAAUCUUAUGUUAGGCACCAGGCAUCUCCCUCAUGAUGCUACUUUGCUACUGCAUUAAUACAUACUACAAAAAAAAUACACAUUGCUAUAUUGAAUAAUGAAUAAUCCCUUGAUAUAAAUAUUUCAGUUAUAAAUAUUCCAUUCAGAAGUUUAUAUAAGAAUGGCACCACUAUGCUUCUUAAUGUGGUGAAAGACUCAUUUGUUAAACUCUUGGAGGAUGGAGGAUUAAUAUAAACUAAUACCAAAGUAAGUGAUCUCACAUGUCACAGUGUUAGGGAGGCAGAUGAUGGCAGCCCUGUUCUCUCAUGCCAUUCUGUUAGGCUAGCAGAUGAUGACAUUUCUUCUCUUUAAGUGCAGGUAAAGCUUGUUCAUGGCACUUUGAUCUCAAGAUAUGUAUUGUUAAGCAGAAGGUAUUAACAUUUGUUUGGUUGUGUGUUAUUCAUACUACUAUGAAGACUUGUGACAAGAAGCAAGGCAGCAAGGGCAACUCCUCUGAAGGGAUUUAUUGGAGGAGCUAUCUUCCCUCCCUCCCUGCUCUCCUGACAAUGGGAGUACCAAAUCCCCUUCCAGGGAUAUGAUGAUAUAACUCUUUUUAACAUAAUGUAAGCAUGACUUUCCUUUUAUGCCCCGUCUUUUGGUGUGUAUUGAGUCUCUAGAUGUACUGAUAUUUGUAGCUUUGCUGAGUGUCUAUGAGAAAAGUACAGUUGUUUACAAUAUAGUUUAAAAGCAAUACAAGUAGGUGAGUGCAGUGAUGAGUCAGUAUGUGUGCUGUUACAGGCUGGAGUACCUACAAAGUACACACAGCUCACUGGAGUGUUAGAGAGCCUCAGUUUACAGAAAUGUAUUACAAAGGAAUAAAACCAAAAAACUCAU